CGAUGACUGGUGAGACCGGAAGUGGACAGACAGGAAGUUGUCUGUUGCCAAUAGCAACGAACGCUGAGCGUGUUCCCCGAGCUGUGAAGAUGCCGAUCAUAGUGAAGGACUACACCUGGCAGCAGAGCGACAAGGAGAUCUUUCUGUCCGUGCCGCUGAAGGGAGCCGCGAGGGGCGCCAGCAAUGUGAUUUGUACGGAGGAGUACCUGAAGGUGAGUUUCCCACCUUUCCUGUUUGAAGUUUUUCUCUUUGCACCGAUUGAUAUGGAGAGAAGCAUCACAAAGAUCGCCAAUGGGACCAUUCUGUGCACUCUGUACAAGCAGGAGCCCUCUGUCUGGGACUCCCUAUCCCUGGCCAAUGUCACCAAGGAGGCAAUGCAAAGACUUAGAGAGAAUGCCAUUGCAAGAGUGCAGGAGAAAGCCAAGGAAGAUGCUCAGUCCAAAGCUGCGAGGAAAAGAGAAAAUGAGAAAUACUCCCUCGAAGUCAUGAUGAAGAUCGAUGAAGAAGAACGAAAACGAAUAGAACUUUUGAAAGAGGAGGAGAGAAGGGAAGCAAGUGAAGAAUUAGAGAAGUUUAAAGAACAGCAGAGAAUAGAAGAGGAACAGAGGAAAGUCCAGAUGGAGGAAGAAAAGAGGAGGAAUGCUUUAAAUAAAUCUAAGUUCUCCAAUUCUCCAAAGCCCUGCAUACAAGCAGAAAAGCCCAGGAUUGAAAAGACCCUGCCUCCUACCAGGAAAUGUGGCAGCAUUAAAAUCCAGUUUACCCCUCGGGUCUUCCCUACCGCUCUAAGGGAAUCCCGGUUGGCAGAAGAGGAAGAGUGGUUACAGAAACAGGCAGAGGCCCGCAGAGCAAUUAACACCGACAACCUUGACCUUCAAGACUUCAAAGAAGAGGAGAAAAACCCAGAGUGGCUGAAGGACAAAGGAAAUAAACUUUUUGCUAGCGGUGACUAUUUAGCAGCCGUGAAUGCCUUGAACCUAGCGAUACGAUUAAAUGACAGGAUGCCAGCCCUUUAUCUCAAUCGAUCAGCCUGCCAUCUUAAAUUGAGAAACCUCCAUAAAACUAUUGAAGACACCUCCAAGGCAUUGGAGCUGCUCACUCCGCCAGUUUCAGAGAAUGCUGCAGCCAGGCUUAAGGCCCAUGUAAGACGAGGCACUGCCUUCUGUGAGCUGGAACUCUAUGUGGAAGGUCUACAGGACUAUGAAGCUGCCCUUAAGAUUGACCCUGCCAGUGUACAUGUGAAGUCGGAUGCUGAAAAAAUAAGACUGAUCAUUCAAGGAACAAGUUUAUCUCCCGAAUAAUUGGCCUUUUCAUGUAGAUAUAUACCAUGUGUCCAAUAUAUGUCCCUACUUCU